UGCUUGGAUAUGUGAAAAUUUCUUAAUAACAAAAUGGUCUAGGGUUUUGGAUUAUUAGGGUUCGUCCAUCGCCUCGACGCCUCCUCGUCUACAUUUCUUAUGCUCGUCUAUUUCUAUAAUCUUAAUUACGAAUUCUUAGCCCUAUGUCGUCAUUAGAAGCCGAAAGUUGUGUUGUUUCCAGAGACAGGAUCAGUGCCCUGCCGGACGACUUGCUCAUUCAGAUUUUGUUGCUUGUCAAGACCAAAGAUGCAGUUGCCACCAUGUUUCUGUCAAAACGAUUGCGUUUUAUAUGGACAAUGGUGCCUAAACUCGAGUACAUAGACACUGGUGAUGAAUGCGAAAGCCUUUGCGGUUUUAUUAACAAGUCAAUGGAAGUUCACAAGGCACCUGUAUUAGAAACUUUGCGUAUCCGACUAGGUGAAAAAUGUCCUAUUACUGUAGAUGUUGGAAAAUGGGUUUCAAAGGCAGUUGAUCGCUUUGUGCGCGAGCUAGAGGUUGAGCUUCUCUGGACCGCAGAAUCUAUCAGCUUGCCUAAGAGCAUUUACACAUGUAAAUCGCUUGUGGUAUUGACUCUCUCGGGCAAGAUUCUCGUGGAUGUUCCUUCCUCGGUUUGCCUCCCGUCUCUCAAAAUAUUGCGCCUUGUUUAUGUGGUCUACAAAACGGUAGAUUGUCUCGUCAGGCUUUUAUCAAGUUGCUCAUUUCUUUAUCGUGUGCUCGUGAACAUAAGUGAUUGUGGGGAAGACGUUUUAUUGAAGAGGAAUUUGACUCACUUUUCUAGGCCGCAUAUUUUUGUUCUUUGUAACGCUGAUGACAAGUUUAUGAGUUCUAUGCCCUUGGUCAGGUCUCUCAGUCUGCGUUUGAAAGAUCCAAUGGCUGUGAAUUUUAGUGGCAUUACCUUCUCUCGACUUAUACAGAUUAUACUAGAUCCAAGAUACCAUCUCUGGAUAGAUCUACUUCAAAUAAUUCUUAACGACUCUCCUAAUCUUGGGAUGCUCCAUAUCCAUCCUGAAAAAGGAUUUCUACCUGGGUAUAUCCCAUUGUCAUGGCACCAAUCUAGUUAUGUUCCUAGAUGCUUGUCGUUCCAUCUAGCGAUCUUUGAGUGGAUAGAAUACGGAGGAAGCAAAGAUGAGGAAGAACUCGUGAGAUACAUCCUUGCAAACUCGAAGUGUUUAAUCAAAGCGAAAAUCACAUUGAGAUCAGAAUUCAACCAUGAAGAGAAAGAGAAGAUAGUAAAGGAGUUAAAAUCUAUGUUUAGAGUUUCAACAAAAUCUAAGCUUCUCUUUGAAUAAAAAAAAAAAAAAAAUCGCCUCUUUGCAUAUGAUAUUUAAUUUCUGUGUGGAUUUUAAGGAUAAUUUCGCCAUUUGAAAUGAUCUGUGUUUGCUAUGAUGUACUUUACCACUUGUGUUUUUUGGGUUUGUGCCUAUGUACUGUCUCCACUCCAAAAUCUCGAUAUGCGAUGAUAAACAUUCAUGAACAGAACUCGGCUGGUUCCAACGUUCCAUUGGGUCAAUGUAUUGGAUACAAAUGAAACUUAUAUGCACCACAUAUGUGUGUUAGCCCUAGACAGGAGAGAAACUGAAAAACACAAAAUUAGAAAGAAAUACUACAUAUCAACUUAAGCUUGAGAACUCAAAGUCUUGGAGCACCUUUUUAAGUUAUACAUAUAAGUAGAUUUCGCCACUCCUUUGAACAUUUUUACAGCUCUAGAUGUUCAAGAUACACUUAUUUACCCAAUACUAUAAGGAUAUUAUAAUGUUAACCUGCAGGUUAAUAUAUCAAAUGAGGUAAUUAAAAGGUUAGAAAGGAAACAAAAAAAAAAAAAGUAAAGGUCAGUUUUGAUAUAAUAAAUAUUUAUUGGUCAAGCAAUUAUCUCUUUAUGAUAAUUAUGUGAUAUAUAUAAAUACUAAAAUUGAUAUAAGGAGACUUUCAACAACGUUUCUCGCCUCUUUCUGUGGCUGUGUCAAGGUGAGAGUAGUCUUCCUCCAGAUUCUUGAUCUUAUUACUCUUCUUCUCUCUUUUUUCUUUCCCUAAAAAUUAGGCUAUAUCUUUGUGUAUUUCUAUGUGAAAAAGGUUUGAUCGCCCAGCCUCUGAUAUGCUUAAUUUAUGGAAAAUUUCAAUGUUUGAGAGUUAAUUACGAAUUUCUGGAACAGAUCCUUGCAUCACCAAUUUAACUUCCAUUAAAUGGGAUAAGAACGGUUUGGCAACAUAAUUUUUAUGGUUUCCUUAUUUUUUUAGGGUUUCAAUAUGUAGGAUUUUGAAUCUGUAUAUGUAUGAUUGGUUAAAGAUAUAAGUCACUCUUUCCUAUUUUAAA